GCCUAACUGUAAUCUUCCUUCUGCUGCUUUUCUAAUCUUUAAUGUGAUUUUGUGGCUGUGUUAAUUGUUCUGUAAGUAGUCAUGAAUGUAUCUGUACUCUUUUGUACUGUAAUAUGUCCCACUAAUAACCAACAAAUCCGCUCACUUCGCUCAUCUUCAGCUGCAAAACGCCUUACACCUGACAUGCGGAAGGCUGUAGAAGCUCUCAAAGGCUCAACUUCUGAACAGAGGAUUGCGGGACUCUUAACGUCACAAGAUCCAAACCUUGCCGGACUCUCACCAACACAGCUGGCUGCUGAGUUUAUGGCUGCAGGACGCGGUGCUAUGACAAUUGAAGAACUCACUGCUCUCCGAGAUGCAGGAGCUCUUCCUGCUGGCUUAAGCCAGGCCGAUCUUGAAGCUCUCGCCAAUGGUGUGAAGUCAGCCCGUGGCUCUAACCCAGCUGCACUGUCCCAGGAACAACUCGGCCUUCUACAGGCCGCCGGAGCUUUCCCGGCAGAUAUGAAUCCAAUGGACUUGAUGGCAAUGUCCAUACUAGCCAAGCCAGAGGUUACCCAAGAGGAUCUCAGCCAAGACUAUGCCAUCCAAGGUAGGGGUACUUCUCAAAUGGGCGCUCAAAACGUGAUUUCAAACAUGUCACCAGUACAAUAGUGAUGAUCUCAGACCCAAUAUACACCGUUACUAAGUAGCACUUUACUUACACGUGUCCACUACUUUACGCUGUUUUGUACUGCUUUAAGCAUACUUUACUUACAUGUUUAUGCUACUUUACGCUGUUUUGUACUGCUAUAAACAUACGUCUUUACUUACAUAUUUCCGCUACUGUUUGUACUGCCUUACUGCUUUACUAGCAAAAAAGGCUUAUCUAAUACCGGUAAAGCAUAACAAAAGGCUAUCAUGGCUUAUUUAUGUCAUAACUAGUACUGUAAUUAUAAUCUUUGCCAUUAAUGCCCCAGCCACAUGUAUCUUACGAUGCACAUAUGGUGGAUAGUUUUCCGCUACCAUAUCUCAGUAUUUUGUAGAUUUGAGAAGAAAAAGGUGCAAUAGUUUUUAAACAUAGAACUAUUGCACCCAUUUCAUCUGGAACCAAUGACAUACUG